AGAUAUCAAAACAAACUGCUCGCUUUUUAUUGUUCCACAAUCAGAUUUCGAACCAUGCGUUUAGCGUUUACUAGACCUUUUUUGACCAAAUUUCCAAUUCGUGCAUGUUAAGCCCCGAAAGAAAUGGAUUUCGCCAAGAACGUUCUCCAAAAAUAUGGAUGGAGAGAAGGUGAAGGGCUAGGAAAGAACUCGAAUGGAAUAACCAAGCCGAUCAAAGCUAGCUUCAAGUUCAACAACACCGGGUUCGGCGCUAAUCCUGCUCAGGAACAUACCAACAAGUGGUGGGAACGAGUAUUCGAUGAGGCAGCCAACAAUCUCGUUGUUAGUCCAGCGGGCAGUAUUAGUCAACGUGAGAAAGAUGCGGUGGAAAUUUCCAAUAAGAGUUAUUCAGUACGGAAACUCAAACAGCGGAGACAAACCGAUGGAAAAGCAGACUACUCAGGUUUCCUGAAAGCAUCUACUUUAUUGACUAAUGUAGGUCGAGAAGAAGAACUGGUGGGGCACGUUCGCACGGAGGACAUAGAGUUUAAACCGGCGAAGGUUUUAACGGAUGAGGAACUGUUGGCCGCCUGUGGUGGCCGAACCGCUCACAAAGGUGCCCGGCAUGGUCUGAAGUUAGCCGGCAAAUUGGCUCGGAUAGAGUCCCAGGAUAACAAGUUACUUCAGGAACUAGAAUCUAAGUCGUUCGAGUCGGUUAUUAAAAGUAACGACUGGACAGAAGUGCAAAGGCGGAAGAAGUCCAAGAAGAAAAAAAGAAACGAAGAGAAGUGGGCCGAGCGACACCAGCAAGAGGAGGAAGAUGAAUUGAAAGAUAUGGUCCACAAUGCAAAUUAUGUAGUGAAAAAGAAUAAGAAAAAAUCUAAGGUUGCCAAGCAGGUUGACCUAGGUCUGGCCGAUCAGGUAGAAAAAUCGAUGGGGUUCUUCGAAGCUCUACCGGAAGAUGACGGAGUAGAACCAGACCCGCAACCAACGGUGGAAGACGAAUUAAAAGAACUGACCAAUCGAAUCCGUAAAUUGGAUCACAAUUCAGUCACUAUUAGAAAAAAAGAUAAGAAGAAAAAACGCAAACUAAAGUCUGUAUUGCAAACGGAUGUUUUCGAUGAGAAUGAGCAAGAUGAAUCGAUGGAUCCGGCAGCGAAAUACCGAAAAGAUUACAAAAAGAAGCAAAAAUUGAACAAUAAAUUGAUUCGUGAGAUGGUUAGCGACGAAGUCCCACCGAGCAAAGCUCCGAAGCCAAAAAAGCUUCUUAAAUCAGAUAGCGAUGCUUCGGAUAGCAGCGAUGAAGAGCAGCAGGAUGUUGUUGACAAGAUAAACCAUCAGCGGCAGAAAAUGAAAUCUGUACUGCCUCGCAUAAAGGUGAUAGAAGCAACAGAAGAAGAUCAACAAGCCCUGGCGGAACAGUUCAAGCAGCGACAUCGCAAUCGCAGCAAGCGAGUGGGACGACACCAAGCCAAGAGACCCAAAAGCAAGAAGCGAGACCGCAAAGUGGCUCAGCUAGCAGAUGAAUUGCUGAAAAACUUGUGAUAGAUACCGAGUGUGAAAUUUUGCAAUUUGUUCUAUGUACUCUUGCUGGCCUUUUCUAGUGGUUGUAAACAAACUAUGGUCAAUAAUUAUCUCUGUAGCAUAUUUUGGGACUUAUUACGGGAGUCACUUCACGGUGAGAUGACAACCGUAAUGGGUACGGUGAAAGUGAUUCCCAUUUGAUUUGCACGCGUCUUUUUUCACCGUGAGAUUUUUUCACUUCGUUCUCACCGCGAGGUGACAUCCGUAAUAAGCCCCUUUGUAACAGGAAUUGUAAUGAAUGCAAUUUUUCAUGUUUGUGGUACAUUAGGUGCAUACAAAAAAUUAAAUCAAGCAAUAAACAUUUGAUUAUUUCAA